AUGCCCGCUUGUUUCAGGGUCCUCGAGCGGUGCGCCAGUCGUGGGGGUCAGCUGCGCCGCGUGGACUGGGUAAUCGAGCGGUUCUUUCGCGGCAUCGAUCAGUUUGUGUUUCUACCAUAUGAUUACCUCGCGCAGGAGGCCAUGCACGCGGAGCAAAGCAGUCGCAUCCGGCCGACCGCAGCACAGGACUCGCGCACAGGCCCCUUCGAAUGCCGGCACCGCGUCUCCCCCCCCAACCCCCUCUGCCUCCGUCCCCGCGGUGAAUUUGGAAGACUCCCUGCGCGCUCGGGCCCACUGCGCACGCUGGCUGCGCUGCGCGUCGCGCUGCAGCCCCGCCUCCUCGCCUUUGUGGUCCUGGCCGCGGCGCUGGGCACGCUGCCGGGCCUCUCCGACCUUGACGGCCUCCACCAAGCGUGCGCGCUGGCGGGCUGCCUCUCCCACAAGGCAGCCCUGUUUGGACAGGUCUACGCCGCCACGAAGCCUCGGGCGCUGACGCAGGAGGAGCUCCUGCGCCCACCCCCGCCGCGCAUCCUCCCCCUGGAGGACGACCGGGCGUGA